AUGCCGUUCAACACUCAGAAACAGCUCAAGGAUGUUGAUGCUUCGACGUUUGAUAUCGUCAAGGUUGAGGCGUUCCAUAACACCAGGGCAGGCACCGUGUUCACGUACAUUUGGCAAUGGUUCCAGCUAAUACUUAUGCUAGCCAUCCUUGCUGUUGAUACGUAUACAUGCGUGAAUAUUUUGGUGUUCAACCGCUGGUCGAGUGGGGAGUACCAGGUUUACGAGUAUAAGGUGGCGAAAUGGAUCUUUACAGGGUGUAUUUUGUUUCGCUACGCCUUGAUGCUUUACCACUUGGCCUGGGGCAUCCAUAUCUACAGAACAAAGAACAUCGCCUUGGCUUACCUUAAUAAUGUGGCCAAACUCAUGUAUCGUCUUCGCCACUACGACUACCACUGCUUGUUCCAUGAAAUUGAGCAGGAAGGGUUCUUUGACUGGGCGUGUUUCUUGGUCUACGAAGAGCUCGAUAACGCUUUGGAGGUUCUCGUGGCUGAUACGCCCAGACAAGUGAUUAAUAUCCUUACGUUGAGGUAUUAUGCCACAGGCGGCGACCAGAAUAAUGAUAUUUUGGAGAAUAUCAGGUCCAUUGCCAACUCCAAUGUCCGACUUUCGGUGAUUUUGUCGCUCCAAUUGGCCUCUGUGGCUCUUUUUGCAUUCUUCUUCUUCAAGUUCUUGUUGGGUAUGUUAUUGUAUAUCCCAAUCAGAGUCAAGGUCUCGCAUCGUGGCUUCAGGCUGUUGAAGCUGUACUGUUACGAUGUUGUCAACGACAAGGUGCGUCUUCUCGUGACAAAGAACCACAAGUCCAAGAAACAGAUUCUCGAAGAAGGUAUUCUCGACUUGGAGGCGAUCCGCGAGAACCCGUUGCUUGGUUCCGAGUCGCUGUUGGAUUUGGUGCCUCAAGAAGUACAGAUGAGCCACCCUCUUUUCGCUCGUCACCACACCGCCGAGUCCAUGGCCAGUCUACGAAAGCCAGCCCCUCUUGCUCAUACGACAACGUCGUUGGCAUCUGCAAGAGAGAGUCCUUACAGGGAUGUGCAGCGGAAUCCGUUUGCGGACUCGUUCGCCAGUCUUCACAACAAGCUGUCGGUCAGAACGUUCGCUACAGAUCAACAGUUCACCAAUCCGUUUGCUGAUUCCAACGUUGCAGUGCCGCUCCAACCAAUGCAUCCUAUCAAACGGACAGGUUCGGCGUCGUCGUUGACUGAAUUCACAGCACCUGGAAUUCCUCGCAACGACUCUGCCAACUCACUCGACGCAGACUCGCCGCUUCUUCCCAAGAGCGACAGUUUCCAAGACUCUAUUGACUCGCACCAGUCCAGCGUAUCUGCCUCAUCUUCAUCUAAUGACGACCAAGACACUGCCGCCGUUCCGUACCCCGUACGUGGAGUUUCCAUGUACGGCGCCGAGGAUUUCAAGUAA